AACUGUAAUGUUUGGGCUGGUAACAAGCUGCAAGGGGACGCAUGAAAAUUUAAAUGCAUCGCUACGUGUUGUAGUGUAAGCUGUUACCGUGGAAAUAUUGUACUGCUGCGUCAUGCGAAAUUGUCAUGUUCCAAUUGUCAUUACGUUCGUCAUCGCUUUAUGUGAGGAUCUCGUGUAGGCAAGCUGCUCGUGCCGCUAAGCUAGAGCGGUUUCGUGAGUUCCCUUGCUUACAACCUGCCAUUCGUUCCUUUGCUUCGGAAGCCCGAGUUUCCAAAAUGGGACGUCCGGAGAUUUACGUCGUUUCGCGGAUUCCAAACCUCGCCGAACAUCUCCGAGAAGCAGUGAAAGGUCGAGCCGAUGUAGUUGAAAUCAUCGCAAAAUUCACUGUGCAUGAUGAUUGCCCCAAGAUUAAACCUGAAGUUGUCAAAAGGCUCCAGAGUGUUGAGAUCCUGGUCACCGACACCCACAUAUUGAAGGACAUACUCUACCAGCUGCCAAAAAUGAAGCUUGUGCAGGUCACAUCUGCGGGUGUUGAAAAUCUUAUUCCUAAUAUCGACAGAUCUGCGCCUGUUCCACAGUAUACUAUUGUACGGGCGAGCUGCUUCGGCGUCCUCAUGGCAGAAUACGUUGUGGCUGGCAUCAUCAACUUUGAGCGAGGCCUGUAUAGGUACUUUGAGUUGCAGAAGACCAGAAACUGGGAUGAUCUUAUAUCGCUCAAUUUUAGGACCUUAUCAGACUUGCGUGUCGCAAUCCUUGGAGCUGGUGUCAUUGGCGAAGAGAUUGCCAAGUCCCUCGUUCAAUUUGGAGCUACGGUGACCGGCUUUGCCAGGCGAAGCAGGGGCUCUGAGGAACUGCGCCGUUCAUCUUUUCAGAUGAUUUCUCCAGACCUGAGCUCAUUGCUUGAAGACUGUCACUACCUGGUGAACGCACUCCCUAGCACCCCAAGUACCACUGGCAUCCUCAAUGGGGAUGUCCUGAGGCGGUGCAAGAAUAGCCCCGUGUUCAUCAAUAUUGGUCGCGGGAAUGUAAUCUCCGAGGGCUGCCUGCUGAAUGCUCUGAAGGAGAAGUGGAUCUCAGGGGCCAUGCUUGAUGUCUUUGAAGUCGAGCCACUGCCUACAUCAAGUCCUCUUUGGGCAACUCAGGAUGUCAUUGUCACACCCCACAUGUCUGGCCCCUCUAGGCCACAAGAAGUGGUCAAGAGUUUCAUGAUCAACUUUGAAAAGUUCCUGGCAGGGCAACCACUCAUACAUAAAUUUUCGUUUGAAUCUGGAUAUUAGGUUGAAUGCCUUCAACACCAUGUUUUCCAAGGCGAAUACUAGUUGUACAGUAUACUAGUCACAGCUUUUAAUAUAUAAAAUAAAAUCUAUGCGGAAAAAUAAUGAAUAUUACAACUGUACUUUUUUAAUAUUUACUAAUAAAUAUUGUAUUUUCAUACCUUAA